CAAAAAGCUGGUAUGCGACCCGCCAAUAAAUCCACAGAAGAAGAUAACUUUCGUCUGAGGACUGAUCGCUCCAAAGAUGAUCAUCUGGUCCCUUUGAAGCUGCACUGAAACUGUAAUUUUUACCUUCAACCGUUUGGAGACCAGUGAAGUCCACUAUAUGGAGAAAAAUCCUGGAAUGUUUUCCUCAACCUUCAUUUCUUUUCGACUGAAGAAAAAGGGACAUGGACAUCUUAGAUGACAUGUGGAAUUCUAUAGAUCUGCUCCUUCUCCUUCAGUGAAGCUCCUCCCACUGCAGUUCACCAGUAAAUGCUGGAAUAUUCCCAUCAGCCAACAAGUGAAGACGAGCAUCAAGAACAAAGUGACCAGAUGGAGGUGGAGGAGAAAUACCAUUUCAUCAAUGGAGAGAAAUCUUUGACUUUCUCACAGACUGCAAAGACUGAAGCCAAGAAGUCGUUCGCUUGCCCUCAGUGUGGGAAGAGUUUCACACGUAAAAGAAGUCUCAGGGAGCACAUGAGUACUCAUUCUAAAGAGAAUCUGUUGACAUGUGACCAGUGUGGAGAGGGUUUUGCAUGUAAACAAAGCCUGAAUGAGCACAUAGGAACUCAUGCUGAAGAGAAACUGUUGACAUGUGACCAGUGUGGAAAGAGUUUCACACGUAAAAGAAGUCUCAGGGAGCACAUGAGUACUCAUUCUAAAGAGAAACUGUUGACAUGUGACCAGUGUGGAGAGGGUUUUGCAUGUAAACAAAGCCUGAAUGAGCACAUAGGAACUCAUGCUGAAGAGAAACUGUUGACAUGUGACCAGUGUGGAAAGAGUUUCACACGUAAAAGAAGUCUCAGGGAGCACAUGAGUACUCAUUCUAAAGAGAAUCUGUUGACAUGUGACCAGUGUGGAGAGGGUUUUGCAUGUAAACAAAGCCUGAAUGAGCACAUAGGAACUCAUGCUGAAGAGAAACUGUUGACAUGUGACCAGUGUGGAAAGAGUUUCACACGUAAAAGAAGUCUCAGGGAGCACAUGAGUACUCAUUCUAAAGAGAAACUGUUGACGUGUGACCAGUGUGGAAAGACUUUCGCACAUAAAAGAAGUCUCAGGGAGCACAUGAGUACUCAUUCUAAAGAGAAACUGUUGACAUGUGACCAGUGUGGAGAGGGUUUCAUAAGUAAAAGAAGUCUCAGGGAGCACAUGAGUACUCAUUCUAAAGAGAAUCUGUUGACAUGUGACCAGUGUGGAGAGGGUUUUGCAUGUAAACAAAGCCUGAAUGAGCACAUAGGAACUCAUGCUGAAGAGAAACUGUUGACAUGUGACCAGUGUGGAAAGAGUUUCACACGUAAAAGAAGUCUCAGGGAGCACAUGAGUACUCAUUCUAAAGAGAAACUGUUGACGUGUGACCAGUGUGGAAAGACUUUCGCACAUAAAAGAAGUCUCAGGGAGCACAUGAGUACUCAUUCUAAAGAGAAACUGUUGACAUGUGACCAGUGUGGAGAGGGUUUCAUAAGUAAAAGAAGUCUCAGGGAGCACAUGAGUACUCAUUCUAAAGAGAAACUGUUGACGUGUGACCAGUGUGGAAAGACUUUCGCACAUAAAAGAAGUCUCAGGGAGCACAUGAGUACUCAUUCUAAAGAGAAACUGUUGACGUGUGACCAGUGUGGAGAGGGUUUCAUAAGUAAACGAAGUCUCAGGGAGCACAUGAGUACUCAUUCUAAAGAGAAACUGUUGACAUGUGACCAGUGUGGAGAGGGUUUCAUAAGUAAAAGAAGUCUCAGGGAGCACAUGAGUACUCAUUCUAAAGAGAAUCUGUUGACAUGUGACCAGUGUGGAGAGGGUUUUGCAUGUAAACAAAGCCUGAAUGAGCACAUAGGAACUCAUGCUGAAGAGAAACUGUUGACAUGUGACCAGUGUGGAGAGGGUUUCAUAAGUAAAAGAAGUCUCAGGGAGCACAUGAGUACUCAUUCUAAAGAGAAACUGUUGACAUGUGACCAGUGUGGAGAGGGUUUCAUAAGUAAAAGAAGUCUCAGGGAGCACAUGAGUACUCAUUCUAAAGAGAAACUGUUGACGUGUGACCAGUGUGGAGAGGGUUUCGUAAGUAAAAGAAGUCUCAGGGAGCACAUGAGUACUCAUUCUAAAGAGAAACUGUUGACAUGUGACCAGUGUGGAGAGGGUUUCAUAAGUAAAAGAAGUCUCAGGGAGCACAUGAGUACUCAUUCUAAAGAGAAACUGUUGACGUGUGACCAGUGUGGAAAGACUUUCGCACAUAAAAGAAGUCUCAGGGAGCACAUGAGUACUCAUUCUAAAGAGAAUCUGUUGACAUGUGACCAGUGUGGAGAGGGUUUUGCAUGUAAACAAAGCCUGAAUGAGCACAUAGGAACUCAUGCUGAAGAGAAACUGUUGACAUGUGACCAGUGUGGAGAGGGUUUCAUAAGUAAAAGAAGUCUCAGGGAGCACAUGAGUACUCAUUCUAAAGAGAAACUGUUGACGUGUGACCAGUGUGGAGAGGGUUUCACAUGUAAAAAAAGCCUGAAUGAGCACAUAGGAACUCAUGCUGAAGACAAAGUGUUCACAUGUGACCAGUGUGGAAAGAGUUUCGCACGUAAAAGAAGUCUCAGGGAGCACAUGAGUACUCAUUCUAAAGAGAAACUGUUGACAUGUGACCAGAAACCUUUCCAGUGUUCACACUGUGACAAGAGAUUCAGUAGUUCAGGAGACCUGAAAAGACAUGAGAGGAUCCACACUGGAGAGAAACCUUACAAGUGUUCAUACUGCGACAAGAGAUUCAGUAGGUCAGGAGACCUGAAAAGACAUGAGAGGAUCCACACUGGAGAGAAACCUUACAACUGUUCACACUGCGACAAGACAUUCAAUCAUUCAGGAUCCCUGAAAACACAUGAGAGGAUCCACACUGGAGAGAAACCUUACAAGUGUUCAUACUGCGACAAGAGAUUCAGUAGGUCAGGACACCUGAAAACACAUGAGAGGAUCCACACUGGAGAGAAACCUUACAAGUGUUCAUACUGCGACAAGAGAUUCAGACAGUCAGGAGACCUGAAAAGACAUGAGAGGAUCCACACUGGAGAGAAACCUUACAAGUGUUCAUACUGCGACAAGAGAUUCAGUAGGUCAGGAGACCUGAAAAGACAUGAGAGGAUCCACACUGGAGAGAAACCUUACAAGUGUUCACACUGCGACAAGAGAUUCAGUAUGUCAGGACACCUGAAAACACAUGAGAGGAUCCACACUGGAGAGAAACCUUACAAGUGUUCACACUGCGACAAGAGAUUCAGUAUGUCAGGAGACCUGAAAGGACAUGAGAGGAUCCACACUGGAGAGAAACCUUACAAGUGUUCACACUGCAACAAGACAUUCAAUCAUUCAGGAUCCCUGAAAACACAUGAGAGGAUCCACACUGGAGAGAAACCUUACAAGUGUUCAUACUGCGACAAGAGAUUCAGUAGGUCAGGACACCUGAAAACACAUGAGAGGAUCCACACUGGAGAGAAACCUUACAAGUGUUCAUACUGCGACAAGAGAUUCAGACAGUCAGGAGACCUGAAAAGACAUGAGAGGAUCCACACUGGAGAGAAACCUUACAAGUGUUCAUACUGCGACAAGACAUUCAAUCAUUCAGGAUCCCUGAAAACACAUGAGAGGAUCCACACUGGAGAGAAACCUUACAAGUGUUCAUACUGCGACAAGACAUUCUAUCAUUCAGGAUCCCUGAAAACACAUGAGAGGAUCCACACUGGAGAGAAUUCGUACAAGUGUUCACACUGCGACAAGAGAUUCAGUAUGUCAGGAUACCUGAAAGCACAUGAGAGGAUCCACACUGGAGAGAAACCUUACAAGUGUUCACACUGCGACAAGAGAUUCAGUAUGUCAAGAUACCUGAAAGCACAUGAGAGGAUCCACACUGGAGAGAAACCUUACAUGUGUUCAUACUGCGACAAAAGAUUCAGUAGUUCAGGAGACCUGAAAAGACAUGAGAGGAUCCACACUGGAGAGAAACCGUACAAGUGUUCAUACUGCGACAAGACAUUCUAUCAUUCAGGAUCCCUGAAAACACAUGAGAGGAUCCACACUGGAGAGAAACCUUACAAGUGUUCAUACUGCGACAAGAGAUUCAGACAGUCAGAACAUCUGAAAAGUCAUCGGAGGAUCCACACUGGAGAGAAACCAUAUCUGUAAAAAGUUGUGAGAUUCACAUACAAUGAAAUCUGGACAUUCUUUCCAACAGAGCAACAUUUGUUCAUAUCUGAUGGAUGAGAACAACGAGAAUGAUCAACUGAAUGAAGUGGAGAAGAAACAUCAUCAUGUCAAAACUGGAGAAAAAACAGUUUUCAAGAAGUCUUUCAGCUGCACUCAGUGUGGAAAGAGUUUAAAAACCAAAUAUAUCCUCGAGGUUCACAUGAGGAUCCACACUGGAGAGAAACUGUUCACAUGCAGUCAGUGUGGAAAAAGAUUCACAUUCAAACAAAAUCUCCGGGUUCACAUGAGAG